AUGAAGUCAUACCCUGUAACGACUGGUGACAACGGGGCUUGGACUGGGACUUUGAUAUUUACGGAAGACAAAAUCGAAGCUUUGGUAGCGACUAUCAAAAAGCUUCAGAUCCCACCUGAAUUGGCAGUUUAUCUCUAUUAUGUAUCGUCGGGGCCUUCGGAUAAGACUCCAACAGUCAUAAUUAGUCCCUAUUAUACCGGAACCGAAGAAGCUGGCAAGAAGAUAUUUGCUCCUUUUUACGCCAUAGGUCCAAUUACAGAUACCACAGCAUGGCUACCAUAUCACAACUCGAAUGAUGGAAGCAAUUCAUUCUGUAUCAAGGGAGGACGAAAACCCGCAUUUGGUGUUGGCCUUGGCCAAACGGAUCCAGCUACUGGGAGAUCUGUUUGGAAUAGCCACAAGAAAUUCCUUCAAAAUCCGGAGGCCGCAAAUUCUGUCGUACUGGUCGAAGCUUAUUCCAUGGGUGCUGCAAGGAGUUUUAGCUUAUCUUCAUCCGCUUACGCCCAUCGCGACACCAUCAACUUUCAUGUGGCAGUAUUGCCAUGGUAUAAUAACUCAAGUUUCGAUAAGCAAGCUCUUGCUUGGGGAUCACAGAAUCGCGACCUUCUGCGCAGUACUGACAUGUUAGACAAAAACAGCACGUACGUAUUUCCUAUUUUUCACCAAAGUCCGGCUAUAUGUUCUGAAAGAAGCAGUCUAACAAACCAUGCAGGUAUAUCAACUUUGCGUUUGCUGACCCGUUGGAAACAAUCUACGGGACGAGUCUUGGUAGAUUGAAGAUCCUCAAGAAGAGGUACGAUCCAUUCAAUCGCUUCGGGCAAUACUUCUCUUUAGGAAAGUAA